GGCAACGACAACGUGGCCCAAUCACAGUAUAACAGCACACUAGAAAGGAAGCUCCAUUGAGUUCGAGACUUCGAGUUCCUGUGCGUGUUGGCGAGAAACGGUUUUUGUAUGAAGUAUAUUUCGUGGGACAGGAUGAAGCUGGCUAUUACUAUAACCAUUUUAAUAUUCGUGCUAGUCUUGCUCUUACUACCGGGCGAGUCUAAAGAAGCAGCUAAGGGUCCAAAAGUAACUGAUAAGGUAUAUUUCGAUAUCAAAAUAGGAGAGAAUGAGGCUGGCCGGAUUGUAAUUGGUCUAUUUGGUAAGACCGUUCCGAAGACGGUCAAGAAUUUCAUGGAGCUUGCUAAGAGACAUGAAACAAAAGAGGGUUCGGAUGGUAAGCUUGUUGGAUAUAAGGGCAGCCAAUUUCAUCGUGUUAUCAAAGACUUCAUGCUACAGGGAGGAGACUUUACCAAAGGAGACGGAACUGGAGGUGAGAGCAUUUACGGAGCUCGAUUCGAUGAUGAGAAUUUCAAGCUGAAGCAUUACGGCUCGGGCUGGCUAUCAAUGGCCAAUGCUGGCAAAAACACUAACGGUUCCCAGUUCUUUAUCACAACGAAGAAGACUCCGUGGCUGGAUGGCAAACAUGUUGUGUUUGGCAAAAUUCUCGAGGGCAUGAGUAUUGUACGGAAAAUUGAAAACUCAGAAAAAGGAGCAAGUGACCGUCCAAAACAGCCAGUCGUCAUUGCAGACAGUGGUGUCCUGGAAGUCACUGAGCCAUUUAGUGUAGAAAAAGCAGAUGCAGAAGAGUAAAUACAUGAGCACUAUUUUUUCUACUAAGUACAAAUUAUUCUUGGUCUUUUUUAAAUUAAAUAUGGUAUACCCACUGGUCAGCACUGUGUCGGUGUCCAUAGCUAAAGCACAGGGUUAAAACGGUCGCUUAUUGAUGGUAAAUGCAGGGAGUUCUAAUCUAUCAUGCAUUGCAGAUCUAAUGUGCUUAUUACAGAAUAUGUGAUGUAAUUGUGAAGACAUUAAGAUUUGAAGAUUGAGGUUAACCAAAUAAAUUUUUAUGGCUUUCAUUUAAAAAACAAUGUAACUGCAUUAGGUGGAUAUUAGGAUAAAACUUGCUAUACUGCUACUACAAGCAAGAUAAACCGGUAAAAUUAUAAAUCUGUGAGUAAAUUUCUUGCUAAAAAACUGUUUAUUGAUUGCUGUGAUAAUAUUUUCACAUUUAUAGCUAUAUUGCUGCAUUUGAGUACGGUAGGUUGUUUUUAAAUAGUGUUGAUUAAGAAUUUGUUUGUAUAAUAAAAUAUAUAACAGGUAUAAACCGUUGUGAUAAAGGUGACGAAUCAGUACUUUGUCACAGUUUUUAAUAUCUGGCUAACGAACAUGGAAAAGUCAGGGCGGGGGCCUGGGUCAUCUACCAACCUGGAUAGGCAGCUUGCUACCAAUCAGCAUAUUCCACGUCUCGCCAUCUAGUGGCGAGUAAUGACAGCUAUAUGAAGAGUAUAUUGUAGGGCAAGAUUAUUCUAUAUACCUCACUCGCUUUUAUACCUUUAUGCUGGCGUGUCUUCGUAUUAGGUUAUACCCUUGGUAAGAUUUGAUCUCCUGCCACCUGCUGGAAAUAGCCCAACAUUUCUAAGUUGUUUAAUCCUCUUCAAAAUUGCAUAUAAAUGUUUUGCUUAACUCAAAGAGAAAACUGCAAUAGAAUUCA